AAUUUUUAACAUAAAUUUGUUUUACAUUUAGGAACUUUGUUGAUAAACUCGAUUAAAAAUGGAUUUAUAUGAUGACAUAGACACUAAACCCAAAACAUCUCAAAUAGAUGGUUGGUCGUCAGGUAUUAAAAUGCUGCAAACACAGUUGGCCAUCAAAAAGGCCCAGGUACCCAAAGCCAAAGAGGCCAACAAGAAACCGCUAAUGACGCCUGUAGUGAAUUUAAAAUCAAAAAAGUUGCAAAGCUCUGAAGAAAUAUUUCUGACUAAAGGCGAUAACAAACGAAUCAUAUCGGCACAGCCUCUAGUGCCAUCACUGGAAAAUUUAAAAGCCGAUGAUUGGGAUUUUGUUGAUGAGUAUGAUCCCCAGUGGCCUAAUGAGUAUGAUAAGUUGAAAGAUAAACAGAAUAGCAACAAAGAGAAAGUUAGAGAUGAUAGAGAUCGCGACCGGGGACGUGAUAGAGAUCGCGACCGUGAACGCGGCGAACGUAAACGAGGUCGUAAUCGAAAUGCACGCAAUAAUGAUUCUCCACCAGUCAAAUUUAGUGGUUUCGGUCAACGCAUAACAGAAGAGGAUCGCUAUAGUCCCCCAGCCCCCGGGUCGAUGUCUAAUAAGGGUGGUGGGGCAGCUAUUGCUCCCCCGCCAUCAUUACAAGAAAUAUCCAUUGCUAACGAUGGUGACCCUUCUUCCAAUGUUACUAUACCCUAUUCUGCUAGUUCAGUGGCCGCAAAAAUUAUGGCCAAGUUCGGUUAUAAAGAUGGUCAAGGUUUGGGCAAGCAGGAGCAGGGUAUGUCCAUGGCUUUGCAAGUGGAAAAGACUUCUAAGCGUGGUGGUCGCAUUAUACAUGAACGUGAUGUAUUCUUGCCACCGCCAGCGGCAACACCAGCUUCUUUAGCUGGAGCCUCUAAUCCAAUUGCUAACAUGGGUCCCCCUACUCCACCAGCAGCGUUAUCAAUGCUAGACUCUUCAGAUACGGAACCUAGCAUUACAGAAAUAAUGAAGGCUCCCAGUAAAGUAGUUCUACUAAGAAAUAUGGUUGGGCCUGGUGAUGUUGAUGAAGAACUGGAGCCCGAAGUGAAAGAUGAAUGCAAUACCAAAUACGGAGAUGUGGCCAAUGUUUUAAUACACGAAUCAUUUGGCACAUCGCCAGAAGAUGCUGUCAAAAUUUUUGUAGAAUUUAAACGUAUUGAAAGUGCUAUUAAAGCUGUCGUGGAUUUAAAUGGUCGGUUUUUCGGUGGACGUCAAGUACGAGCUGGAUUUUUUAACUAUGAUAAAUUUAAAAGCCUGGAAUUGCACUAAGUUUAAGAUGAAAUAAAUUCUUUAAUAUUAUUACUUAUA